UAGUGGGCCUCCAACCUUGAAUAGGGACAGAAUCCAGAUAUUGAUGGACGGAGCCGCUGUACUCGCAAACGCCGCCACCACCACCACCACCGCUGGUCGUGGUGUUCGUCGAGAAAGUGCUAAUGGUGGUUCUCUCUCCCGAUCUCCCUACCUGACGACUAAUUUUUCUUUUCUUCCUCAUAAUAGCAAGCUUCAAAAUCAGCUGCGUUUUACUUUGAAGAAUGCUCCUACCACUUACGGCAUUAGCAAUGCACGAGCUGUUCGAGUGGACUCUCCCCUCAGCAGUGUACCAAGUGAGGCAGUUGACAUUGAUUGGGACGCCCUUGGAUUUGGGUUGGUGCACACCGAUUAUAUGUACACCAUGAAAUGUUCUCUAGGCGGUAAUUUCUCUAACGGCGAACUAGUGCCUUUUGGGAACAUCGAGAUCAACCCAUCUGCUGGAGUCCUGAAUUAUGGCCAAGGACUGUUUGAAGGUCUAAAAGCAUAUAGGAGGGAAGAUGGUAAUAUUUUACUGUUUCGUCCCAAGGAAAAUGCUACAAGGAUGAUGAUGGGGGCAGAGCGUAUGUGUAUGCCUUCUCCUUCCGUUGACCAGUUCCUGCAAGCUGUGAAGGCUACUGUAUUGGCAAAUGAAAGAUGGAUACCCCCUCCUGGCAAAGGCUCGCUGUAUAUAAGGCCACUGCUUAUGGGGACUGGAAGUAUACUUGGUCUUGGACCAGCUCCGGAGUAUACUUUUCUGAUUUAUGUUUCUCCUGUUGGUAACUAUUUCAAGGAAGGGUUGUCACCAAUAAACUUGCUAGUUGAGACUGAUAUGCAUCGAGCAUGCCCUGGUGGUACUGGAGGUGUAAAGACCAUAGGAAACUAUGCCGCGGUUCUGAAGGCACAAGGUGCGGCAAAAGCCAAAGGCUUUUCUGAUGUUUUAUAUCUCAAUAGUGUGAACAAGAAGUUAUUGGAAGAGGUCUCCUCUUGUAAUAUUUUUGUCGUAAAGGGAAACACUAUAUCCACUCCUGAGAUAGAAGGGACCAUCCUUCCAGGUAUCACGCGAAAGAGUAUAAUUGACAUGGCUCGUGAUCAAGGAUUCCAGGUUUUUGAAAAACCAGUAACAGUGGACGAGUUGCUUGAGGCUGACGAAGUUUUUUGCACCGGAACUGCCGUGGUUGUCUCUCCUGUGGGUAGCAUAACUUAUCUUGGCAAAAGGGUGACUUACGGAAGUGGUGGUGUAGGAGUUGUGUCGCAAAGACUCUACUCCGAAUUGACGAGGCUGCAGAUGGGUCUCGUAGACGACAAAAUGGGUUGGACCGUUGAACUCAAGUAGCUUUUUUUUUUCUUUCUUUCAUGCUUUGUAAUAUGAUCUGCAUGCACUAUAUUAAUCUCAAUAAAAUGUCGUUUUACUAAGAAUACAAUGUUUAAAAAGUCAUGUAAGGCUAACGGCAUUUUAACUAAGGGGCUGUUUAC